CAUGGUGCGACUGGUGAUUGCUCUUGCCCUCGUGUCGUCAGUCGCCUCGUUCUCUCUCUCCUCCCAUGCCGUGCAUGGCUCGUCCAAUGCCGUGCAUGGCGUCAGAUCGCUUCGCUGCGACAUUCGAAUCGAAAAGGACGAGAAGGCUGUGGGUCAUGCCCUCUGCAACUACGUCAAAGAGGCAGCGAAGACUGCCAUUGAAGCUCGUGGACACUUCGCCCUUGCUAUUCCGGGAGGGUCAAUCUUAAAGAUGUUGUCAACUAUGAAGGAUGAUAAAUCUGUUGACUGGUCUAAGACAACAAUGGCCUAUGUCAAUCAUCGUGCCGUGCCAAAUGAGGACGAGACUGCAACACACCUCAAGGCAAAGCGACUCUUCCUCGAUGAAUGGGAGAAGGAAGGUUUGAAGGUCUUAACUCUGUCUGGUAGCACAGAUGCCAUGGUUGAGGCAGACAAGUACGCGAACUCCCUCCGCGUUCUCCCGGAGAAUGUACUUCCACGAGACAAACAAACAGGCUUCCCGAUGUUCGAUCUCAUGCUCAUCGGAGUUGGACUCGACGGUCAUAUCGGAUCGCUGUAUCCUGAUCGAGAGGAGGUGAUGGACAAGGACAAGUGGGUGUUGCCGGUGGUCAAGUCAAGCUCUAGCUCGAUCACUCUCUCCCUUCCCUUGAUCAAGUCCUCCCGCAAGAUAGUUGUGGCCUCGGCAGGCAAGUCUGAGAAGUAUCCUCUUGGCAAGGCUGAGGCGAUGGUCCGUGCAUUGGAGAAGAACGAGACCCCCAGCACCUUUCCAGCAAGUGCCUUGAGGAAUUGCGCUACCUGGAUCAUGGAUGAUGGAGCGGCUGAACUCCUAUCCAAAAAGGUCUGAUCGGUCGACAUCUCGCAUGCAGACUGCUAAAGAGGGUUAUGAACUUUUUUGACAAGGAAUGAAUGCCUUUCUGGUUUAGCGAGGCACUACCCUUGCUCUUCGU